GGUUAGGUAUCUUUUUUGACGCCGUUGUUGACUGCACUUGAUGCCUCUGGUCAAGUAAAAGAGACUCGACCCUUCCACAUUUGCGGCACUGGGAUGGGAAACAGAGCAUGUGUUGGACCGUUUUUGGGCCUCGGGCAAGAUUUAAACCGCGAGACUCCGUCGGUGUCAAGACUCUCGCCUCCACUCCAGUCAGCAUGAUCGGGAUGCAUCUCAAGCGCGUGGAAUGAACGACUCCGCGACUGAUUCAGCUAGAGUUGUUCCUGAACCCCGCCAUCUUCUGUAUCCGGCCAACGGCUCGAGAUUCUGGAGAAUGGGACGCUUCAAAGUGCAUAUAUAGGGGACUGCUGUAACCUAGGGACUUCCAAACCGUGUUCCCCGAGUCUUGCAUUCACCUUAAGGCUAUCACGGCAUCCGAAGACUAGUCCCAAGACAGCAUCCGCAGACAAUACCGGUCACAAUGAAGUUCUUCAACGUUGCCCUUCUUUUCGCUGGCCUUGCCCUGGCCGCCCCUAAUCCCGCUCCCGGCACUACCGAAGGCCAAGUGCUUGAGGGUAGAGCUUGCAGUAGCAGCAAGUCUAUUUGCGUCAACCGCUGCUGUAAAGAAGUGGGUUGCAAUGGGUACCUCAAUUGUGGCAGGUCCUUUUGCAACAUUUUGGAACAAUGCGUGUGCAAAUGCCAGUACAACUAGGCAAUAUGUACAUUGGAUCAUGGCACACAAGACACUUUUGGCUCACGCUUUGGAUCAAGUUCAUGGCGGUCUGGCGGUUGU